AGAGACGAGGAGGAGAUGAUGAGUUUGGAAGACAAGUAUGCUACUGCUUACUUCCACAAAAGCUCUGCUGCUAAAAACCAUGGCAAAGAGGAGAAGGUGAAGAGUUUGGAAGACAAGUAUGCUACUGCUUACUUCCACAAAAACUCUGCUGCUAAAAACCUUGACAGGGAUGACAAGAUGAUGAAGAGUUUGGAAAACAAGUAUGCUGCAGCUUACUUCCACAAAACCUCUAAUUCUGAAAACCUUGACAGAGACGGGGUAGUGAAGCGUUUUAAUAAUAAGUAUGCUGCGGCUUACUUUCACAAAACCUCUGCUUCAAAACACCAUGAAAACAAUGACCAAGUGAAGAGUUUGACACAAAAAUACGCAACUGCUUAUUUUCACAAAUCUUCCAAAAUGGUGAAUGAUCACAACUUGGAACAUCAGUACCAUGGCCAUGAUCAAAGUGCUGAGAUUGGCUUGUUCACCCUCGAUGAAUUACGUGCCUUCACUGUAGGCAAAAAAUUACCCAUCUUUUUUCCCAUCAAAAACCACUCCCUUUACCCUCCUUUCUUACCUAAAUCACUAGUUGAAACCAUCCCUUUUUCAUCUUCACAAGUUUCCGACAUUCUGCAAUUCUUCUCAGUUCCUCCAGACUCCCCAAAAGGCAAAGCCGUUCAAGAUACACUCCAAAAAUGCGGACUCGAAGCAGCUCAAGGAGAGACCAAAAUAUGUGCCACCUCUUUAGAAUCUUUACAUGGUUUUCUAAGCAAUGCGUUUGGACCCAAGGUUGAUUUCAUGUUCAUAAGCACAAGGCACCCCACAAUGACAACCCCAAUCUUCCAGAAUUACACAGUUUUGGAAUCUCCUCGAGAGAUUGAGUCUCCAAAUAAAGUGGCAUGUCAUCCGAUGCCGUAUCUUUAUGCAGUUUAUUUCUGCCACUUUGAUGCCACUGAGACCAGAGUUUUCAAACUGAAACUAGCUGGUGAGAUUACUGGAGAUGAAGUUGAGGCUGUUGUUGUUUGCCAUAUGGACACUUCAGGUUGGAGCUCUGACCAUGAUGCUUUCCGCAUGCUCCGUGUUAAGCGAGGAGAUGCUGUUUGCCAUGUAUUUUCUCAAGGUAAUCUUGUUUGGAUUAAUCAGCCAUCAACCAUCGGUGUUAGUGCCAUGUAAGUG